AUGACAUAUUCUCAAGUGUUUCAACAUUUAUUGCAACUAAAAUUGGUUAAUUUGAGGGGCAUGCCACCUCCUGCUGAGAGGCUCCAUGCAGGUUAUAAUCCUAAUGCCCGAUGCGAAUUUCAUUAUGGCGCUCAUGCCGGACCUACUGUUAAUGUCGCGCAAGAUGGUGAAAACUUGAAUUUGAUAAUGGAUAUGAACCUGAUGUCUACCCCGUUAUUGUGUGUUAAAGGUUAUCUGUGUGAUAGGAUUGUGAAAAACGAGAAAGUUGAAGAGAAAGAUGUGGCGGUAAUUUUCAUUCUGUAUACUCCUGCAAAUAUUCCAGCGCCUUCUAGGCCUACUCCCUUGACAAUCACGUUGCCUGGUCCUAUUCCUUACUCCAACGAGAAUGAUGUUCCUUGGCAUUAUGGAAUUACCAUAAGUGGUAGGAUAUAUUCUCAACAAAUCGCCCAAAAUAAUGUUGAUGCCUUGGCGAAAGCUAAGGGUAAACAAGUGGUGGGUGAUAAUUCAAGAUAUAUACAAGAUAGUACUCUGAAUGUAGUUCCUGGAACUUCUUCGUCUCAAGAAGUUGAAGAGUUAUUAAGAUUUAUCAGGAAAAGUGACUACAAAGUGAUAGAUCAUCUAAGCCAGACGCCAUCUAAAAUAUCAAUCUUGUCCUUAUUGUUGUGUUUCGAAGCUCAUAGGAAUUCCCUGAUGAAAUUGUCGAGUUCUGCUUUUGUGCCACAAAACAUCACUGUCAAUCAGUUAAAAGGGGUUGUAGCCAGUAUAUCAGCAGAUAGCAGUUUGGGUUUUACGGACUUUGAUAUCCCUCUAGAAGGACGCAAUUCUAAUAAGGCUUUGCACAUUUCUAUGGAAUGGAAAGGAACUACAUUAUCCCGAGUGUUGGUAGACAUCGGAUCAGCCUUGAAUGUGCUACCCAAGUCUUCCCUGAUGAAGAUUGACUAUGUAGGAGUUGAAUUGUGCCCAAGCGACUUGAUAGUCUGGGCUUUCGAUGGGUCUCGAAGAGCCGUUUUUGGUGAAGUGGACCUACCUGUUAAAAUUGGACCACAAUUUUUUCGUACGACAUUCUUCGUCAUGGACAUACAUCCCGCAUAUUGUUGUUUGCUUGAACGCCCGUGGAUUCAUGGGGAAGGCGCUGUAACAUCCCCCUUACACCAGAAAAUGAAGUUCCCAAGUGGUAGUAAGAUUGUUAACGUUUGUGGUGAGGAAGAGUACAUGGCGUUUAAAGCAGUUCAGAUGAUCAAGACUCCUCAUUAUGAGGGUAAGAGGCAUGCAGUUUCCAUGUCUUCAUUGAAGGAUGCUAGAGAAGUGGUUGAGAAUGGUCACCCCAAAGGUUGGGGUCAUGUGUUAGAUCUUCCUCUGAAAUUUGACAAGUUGGGUCUCGGUUUGAAUCAUUCCCAGCAAGAUGUAGCCCCUGAUGUUCCCAAGGCUCCAAGUGUUCUCACUCCGGUGAAGUUUAUAAGUGCUGGAUUUAUCAGUAAUGAUCAGGCUAAUGUUGUCGGUGAUAACGAUGAUAGUGAUUAUGACAUUGACAACUGGAUCCAACCGAGUGUUCUAGGUGAAGAACUCCACAACUGGACUGCAGAGGAUGUCAUCCAAGUCAUGCUCAAUUAG